AAUUUUAUAUCGCAAAGAUUAAUGUGAAACCUCUUAUUUCAACCCAUUUUUACCAUUAGGUCAACUGCCGUACUCUAUUUUAAAUGGCUGCAAGACACACAAGGAAAAUCAUUUUGGUGGAAUCUCAAAGCUGAAAUUCUCCAUUCAUCGCCAUGUUUCAAAAGUUUUACUAUGUGUUGUCGCUGGCAGGUUUCAAGUCUACUUGGUAACAUCACAGGACCGGGUCAAUUGAAAUUUCUUCUUAUCCAUGGCACAGCAGAUGCUUCUGUUCAUUUCCAGCAUUCUGCCGAAUUGAUCAAACUUCUGUCUUCAUUUAAUAUUAACUACACUCUUCAGAUUUUUCCAGAUGAGGGACACAAUCUUGCAUCUGUCAAGAGCCAGCGCUAUAUGCUCAACUCGGUGGUCACCUUCUUCAAAAACUGCUUUGAGGACGAGAAACGGGUUGUGGACCAGAAGAAAUGGAAAGAUGAUGACUAAGAUGGAGAUCGACCUGCCGGCAAAGUUUUGUCCAGCUCCAAGAAAUUAGCACCUGCUUGCAUGAGCCAACACUUUUGCACUCAGUCCUGAAGUGCUGCUAUCUCCCGAAGCAAGGAUUUGUGAAACAUCCUGCCAAAUAGAACCCAACCCUAUUUUUUGCUUGACGCAUGACCAUUUCGUUCCCUAUGUUUUGUCGCAUUAACCUGGUUGUUUGUCAUGAUAUUGUGUUUGCGUAAAGGACCCACUGAAAAGAAAUGACACUCAUAACGAGAAGGAAGUUCCUAGAACAUAUGACUAGAAUGAAAUGGUAAUUCGACAAGAAUCAAGUCAUCUUACAAGACACAUGAAAUGUAUCUAGAAUAAAAGCUUGAUAUGACAGGA